AGCUUUCGCGACAACCGCAAUUACCAAACAUGGAGUUCACCAAAAUCCAAGAGAUCGAGCUCCCGGCUGCAUUUGAUGCGCACGUCCACCUCAGAGAUGGGGAGAUGUCGCAGCUCGUCACGCCCACGAUUCGACAGGGUGGUGUGAAUCAGGUGUAUGUCAUGCCGAAUUUGGUGCCGCCUGUUACAACGGUACAACAAUGUCUGGAGUACCGUGACCGGCUGAGGGCCAUCGAGCCUAAUGUCGACUACCUCAUGUCGCUUUACCUGCACGAGUCCGUCACGCCUGAAGUCAUCCGCGAAGCAAAGAAAGCUGGCAUCACGGGCGUCAAAUCUUACCCGGCCGGCGUAACAACGAACUCCUCCUCCGGCGUCAUCUCUUACGAGCCCUUCUACCCAGUCUUCGCCGAAAUGGAAAAACAAAACAUGGUCCUCAAUCUCCAUGGCGAAGUCCCCUCCACCCCGUCCCACGCGCACGCCUCAACCUCCAAGGACCAGGCCAUCACCAUCCUCAACGCGGAACCCGCCUUCCUCCCGACGCUAAAGUCUCUCCACGAGAAAUUCCCCACCCUCCGCAUUAUCCUCGAACACUGCAGCACGGCCGCCGCCCUCGCCGCAGUGCGCGCCUGCGGCCCUGCUGUUGCGGGAACCAUCACCGCGCACCACCUCUCCCUCGUCAUCGACGACUGGGCCGGCGACCCCUUCUGCUUCUGCAAGCCCGUAGCCAAGACGCCUGAGGACCGCGAUGCACUCCUGCAAGCUGUGGUGCGUAGCGAGGGGAGGUUUUUCCUUGGGACGGAUUCUGCGCCGCAUGAUCAGGGGAAGAAGAGGGGUGAGGAUAAGGUGGCUGCGGGGGUUUUUACGCAGACGAAUGCUGUGGCGUAUGUGCUUGAUGCUUUGGAGAAGGGUGUGGAGAGGGGGGUCAUCGAGGAGAAGGAGGUCAGUCAGGAGGGGCUGGAGGGUUUCUUGGGGAGGUGGGGGAGGAAGUUUUAUCAGGUCAAGGACGAGAGGGGCGAGAAAGUUGUGUUGAGGAAGGGGCAGGCGAAGGUGGUUGAGGUGUUGGAAAAGGAGGGGGUUAGUGUGAAGAUUGUGCCGUUCAGGAGGGGAGAGACUACGUGGAGUGUUGAGUGGAAGUAGACAACCGGUGUGUUUAGGGCUACAGCGCAAGCUAGAACAUUAGCACGCCGACAUAGUUGCAGGAUUCAUAAUAUACCUCCAGCAGUCAGCGCAGCCCUUACUCACCCUCCAUCAAAAAUCGCAUACACCUCCACCCAC